GCUACAUACACGUUCAAAAUGGCCGACAAUCAUCAUCCUUCGCCGGUUCUAAUUCCACCACCGUCGCAAGUUCAAAAUGAAGCGCAUGUCAAAAGUAUGGACCAGUACAGGGAAAUGUACAAGAAAUCGGUGGAGGAUCCGGUGGGGUUUUGGGGAGACAUAGCGAAAGCUUUUCACUGGGAGUCUGGCCCAACCGGCAAAUUUCUCGAAUACAACUUCGAUGUGAGAAAUGGCCCCAUAUUUAUUAAGUGGAUGCAGGGAGCUAAAACAAACGUUUGCUAUAACGCAGUUGACAGACAUGUAAAAAGUGGAAAUGGAAGCAAGAUUGCGUUCUAUUGGGAAGGAAAUGACCCUGGUGACUGUGGAAAGGUAACAUUCAGCGAACUUCAGGACAAGGUCUGCAGAUUUGCAAAUGUCCUCAAAUCCUUGGGAGUACAGAAGGGUGACCGUGUGGCCAUAUACAUGCCAAUGAUCAUCGACAUCACUGUGGCACUUCUCGCCUGUGCACGAAUAGGAGCCGUCCACUCCAUUGUGUUUGGUGGUUUUUCGUCUGAAUCGCUAGCUGACAGAAUAAUAGAUGCUAAAUGUUCAGUUGUAAUCACAUCAGAUGGUGUGUGGAGAGGGUCCAAGCUGCUCAACCUGAAGGCCAUCGUGGACAGUGCUGUUGACAAAUGCAAAGAGCAGGGCCAUGUGGUGGACCAUGUGGUUGUGUGUCGGCACCUGUUGCCUGAGGAGGAAUAUGUGGUUAAUGACCGUGACGUGGAGGAGCGCCCUGGCCAACGCCCCUCUCCCCAGCUCAAGAUUGAGUGGCAUGCCCCACGGGACAAAUGGUGGCAUGAGCUGGUGGCAGCGGCAUCCCCAGACUGUCCACCUGUGUGGCUCGAUGCUGAAGACCCCUUGUUCAUGCUCUACACAAGUGGUUCCACAGGCAAGCCGAAGGGUGUGUUACACACACAGGCAGGCUACAUGCUGUAUUCUGCCACAACGUUCAAGUACGACUUUGAUUUCCAACCCGACGAUGUGUACUGGUGCACAGCCGAUGUUGGCUGGAUUACGGGACACACUUACGUCACCUACGGACCACUGCUCAACGGUGCUACUGGCGUCAUUUUUGAGGGGGUGCCUACAUACCCAGAUGCCGGCCGAUUCUGGGCAAUCAUAGAGAAAUACCGCGUCAGCAAGUUCUACACUGCUCCAACUGCCAUCCGUACACUGAUGGGCUUUGGCGAUGACUUUGUCACCAAGUAUGAUCGCAGCUCCCUGAAAGUGAUCGCCACCGUAGGAGAGCCCAUUAACCCGGAGGCCUGGCUCUGGUAUUACAAUGUUGUGGGCAACAAACAGGCCGCUGUCGUGGACACAUUCUGGCAAACUGAAACAGGUGGUCAUGUGAUCACACCAUUCCCUGGAGCUACACCAACAAAACCAGGAUCAGCUACAUUCCCAUUUUUCGGCGUUGUGCCUAUAAUACUGAACGAGGAUGGCAAAGAAGUGGGUGUGGAUGUGGAGGGAUAUAUUGUGUUCAGCCAGCCGUGGCCCGGAGUGAUGCGGACAGUGUACGGGGACCACCAGAGAUUUGAGACAACUUACUUCAAGAAGUUCCCCGGAUACUACACCACAGGAGAUGGUGGCUACAAAGACAAAGAUGGCUACAUCUGGGUGACGGGUCGAAUUGACGACAUGGUGAAUGUAUCGGGGCACCUGCUGUCCACUGCGGAGAUAGAAUCGGCCCUUGUAGAACACCCGACAGUAACGGAGGCGGCAGUAGUAUCACACCCACACAGCAUCAAGGGGGAGUGUACCUACUGCUUUGUCACCAUGAAAAAUGGAUCUACUUAUUCACCAGAAUUGGCAGUAGAGCUUAUAAAGCAAGUCCGUGAGAAGAUUGGACCAUUUGCCCAGCCCGACUUCAUUCAAGAAGCCCCCGGGCUGCCAAAGACCCGCUCUGGUAAGAUCAUGAGGCGUGUGCUCCGCAAGAUUGCCAUCGGUGACAGGAAUAUAGGCGACGUGACAACCAUGGCAGACGAAAGUGUGGUUGACAUAUUAUUUAAACUGCGACCUGACACAGCUUAGGUUUUUCGCUGAAAGUGUGGACCAACUUGUUUCAUUGCAUAAUAUGAAUCAAUAUAAAUGUAGAUGGCUUUUCUGUUAUUAAUGCUAAAAAUAUUCAAAUCAUGUCAUGUUUCAUUAGCUGUGCUGACACAUUUAAACUUGAAAAUCAUGUAAAAUUGAAAUGACAUGUGAAGAGCUAAAUAUAAUAAACAGAAUUGACUUUUUUGUUACCCUUGUGCAAGUUCUCAACAACUUUAUUCAGAAAUAAAACUGGAUUAUAAGUAUCACCUAUGGCUGCUGGCGUAAGAUAAAGUCAUCCCAUCCUGAAUGUUGGGUGUUUUUCAGAAUCUUAAAUGAGCGGCCAUGUUAAAUGCUUUUUCUCCCACCUCAGUUAAACAAAAUAAGGUCAAAAUGUAUUUCUUUGCUGGAACUCUUUUUGCAUAGUGAAAAUAAUUUGCGUAUAGAUAUGUGAUAAAUUGUGGUUGUCAUAGAUAUACGUGCAGUGAUUCAAACUAUGUUAAUGGUCAAAUUGUUAUUUAAAUAGUUCUGAGGAGAGUGAAGCAUUAUUUCUUGAAUGCAGCAUAAAAACUUUUUUUGGUGCUAUUUAAAGUGAAAAAUGAUUUAUUUGGAUUUUAAAUAUUGCCACAAGACAAGUUUCCAUGGUGUUACUGGUGACAAGUCUUAAACAAGGGAGGUAAUUGUGUGAUGGCAAUAAAAAAGUAGUUCUAUCUGGUUACUUUUUUAUCCUAGCCCAUGGACAAGAUAAGGAUUUCCAGCAUGGCCAAAUAAUUGGAUCUACUUAUCUGGGUUGAGAGAAAUUGAGUUCUUGCACUAAGGUGUGGAUUUAUUAUUUGCUUCAGUUAAACAUGUACAAAGUACCAUUUUGUACCUCAAGAAAAUAUGCAAUGUUUACUGUAGGGAAAUAGUAUUAUGUGUUUGUUGUAGUUCUGUGUAAUGUGAUGUAACCAACAUAUUGUACUCUGCACAUACAUACAGCUUGACAUUCAGAAAAUUAUUGCAAUUAUAUGUACACAUAUAUUUUUCGCACAUUUUUGUAUUUAUUAAUGUUAUUCAGUGGUCAAAAUUAGCACAAUCCCUCAAGCCCUGCACAGGUACAAUGCUGUCUGGGCUUGCUCAAAUUCUGCAGGGUUUAUCAAAAAUUAGAUGCCAAACAAUGAUAUAAGCAUUCGGGCUUGUCCAUACAAAAGUCUAAUUUUGGUGACUGAAUAAUUUAUUGCACAUUAUUAUACACAAGGGAUAUUUAAUUUAAUAAUGACAUUUCAUUUAUACUCUACUUAACGCUUGAUUGAAUGGAUUUUGAUGGCUGUAAUUUAUUGUUAUAUUUAUUUAUAUUCUAAACGAUAUUGAAAGUGACCUUCAAAGUCAAAAUGGAUUCCUUAUAUGAGUGUUGUCAGCUAUAACUUAGAACAGCGUUUAAGAUAUUCACAUCAAACUUUGUACAAAAUUGUCAAUGACAAGGCCCAUAACUCUGGCUUUAACAAGCUAUUUAGACAGUCGGAUUCCCUUAGUCAGUUCUAAGUUUGCUGUUAGUUGCCAGAGGAAGUGGAGCGCCUCCACAAGGGUUGAAGCCCGCAAGCAGAGGAACGUGGGUGGAUGGUUCAGGCUCCACCCUGAGGUCUCGACCAACCUGUCCUGGUACCCCAGGUUUUGCUACUUAAUUAACUUUAAAAAUGGCUGAUUUUUAAUUUAAGCGUCAGAAAGGUCUUAACUGCUCAAAGUAUAUAUAAGAUUCUGAAUAUUUUCAUUGACAUUCAAUUUUAUUUCAUUUCCGUUUGAUCACAAUGAAGUCAUUAUAACGCCAGCGUGAUUACACUAUUCUGUUAUCAUUCUGUAUAAUGCUCUAUACAGCACCGUGCAAUCUUUAUAGCUUAGAACAAUAAAGCUACUCUAUACGUUUUUUGUAUGACAUUAUAAAAAUACCAAAUAGUAAUUUUGUUUCAAUUUUAAAUUUGUUGUUUUUCACUAUUGUAUUUGUAUGUGGAUAUCUGUUCUUGGGCUGUUGUUUAAAAUACAAGUUAUAAGCUUAGGUUGUUUAUGAUAAUUAAGCCAAAAUGUUUAUUUUUUGUCUAAAUGGGAUGUUAAUUUUGCUGGGGUUAAGUUCUAUGGACAAUAUUCAGAAAUAUUUUUGGUUUGACACAAUUGUGCUGUGUACUUUGGGGGACCGUUAGUAACGGUUUAAGGCAUAAAACAUUAACUUUUAAACAGAAUUAUGCAAAUCUGCGCUCUGAUCUUUUGUCAGCAACCUUUAAUCAUUGGUUUGCAGAUAUUUACGCAAAAUUUCUCUUUCAAAGACAAAAAAUGAAAAAGUUGUAAAAAGGGUAAAUCUGUGAGAGUGCAGCUUUAAUAAUCGGUCAUUUGCAUAAACACGAGAUUAGUUAGAGCACCACAAGUUUUCUGGAAUAGAUUAUUUUGAAUUAUAUACAUAUCUUUUUUUGUCUUUUACUUGAUUGCUUUUUGUAUUUCUGUAUAAUUAAAAAUGACAAUUCAAAUUUUUAAGUAAUCCUAUUUAUUUUCUACUAUAUUUACAAUUAAAAAUCCUUUUGUAAGAUACAUUAUAAAUCAAUUUUAGGAUAUAUUUAGUGAAUUGUUGUGUAGUAAGAAUAAGUAGUUUGUUGUAUGAAUGAAUAAAGAGAUCUACUA